CCAUAUUUAUAUGGUGACGUUUGAUUUCGAUUUGACACUUAUAUUUUUAGAAAAAAAUUGUUGAUACUUUCGGCGAUUUGCUGUUCUGUGUUCUUUGUUUGGGAAAUAUAUUAAAAUAAAAUAAACAAAUAUGGCUCAACAAAACUCAUUCGUCUCUUUUGUUGUAUCGUCUAUACUUGUUGUCGUUCUGCUCGCCACACUACGCUUUUAUAACCCAUGGUUCAAUGCAUCUCCUCAAAAUACUAUCGUAGGAGGUUUUAUCGGAUCAUGGCUUUUCAUUUUCACACUUACAUCGGUGUCUAACAUAGAGAUGAUUGCUUUCGGAAGCAAUUUUCAAGCAAAGUUUAUUCCAGAGAUAGCGUUUUGUUUAAUCACCUCCGUAAUAGCAUGUGGAGUGGUUCAUCGUGUUUGUGCAACAACUUGCAUUCUCUUUUCGAUUGUUGGUCUUUUCUUUUUGAAUAAAAUUUCUCAGAAAUAUCAUAAUGCAGGAUCGGCGACGGUAGAACAAGUUUCAUUCCGUAAAACUGGUGGACGAAAAAAUAAAUAAACACAAAAUUAACCAAUUUAAUUAAAUUAUGCAAUUUCCAGUGCAUUUAAUAAAGUAUUUUAUAAAAAAAACUAAUAUAGUUUUCUAUUGA